GGACCUAUUUCGCAAGAGAUGCAUCGUAUUCCAGUCGUUUCUGCAAAGAGGACAUGAAGCACGGAGAUACUUUUCAAAUUCACGGGGUGAACCUGCAGCCUCAUCUGCAAAGACCAGACAAAGUCAUGUUUCUUGCCCGUGUGUUAACUGGUGACUAUAUCAACGGUGACUCAAAAUACAUGAGGCCUCCUUCCAAGGAUGGAAGUUUUGUGAACUUGUAUGACAGCUGUGUGGAUAACACCUGGAACCCCAAAAUCUUUGUGAUCUUUGAUGCCAACCAAAUCUACCCUGAGUACUUGAUAGAAUUCUGUUAA